UGUCAUGUGACUUGUUUAAGUUACAAGGUCUCGGGUGUGAAUGGGGAGCAGGUGUUAUCGCUCACACUCUCUCAUACUGGUCACUGGAAGUUCAACAUGGCACCUCAUGGCAAAGAACUCUGAGGAUCUGAAAGAAAGAAUUGUUGCUCUACAUAAAGAUGGCCGAGGCUAUAAGAAGAUUGCCAAGACCCUGAAACUGAGCUGCAGCACGGUGCCCAAGACCAUACAGCGGUUUAACAGGACAGGUUCCACUCAGAACAGGCCUCGCCAUGGUCCACCAAAGACGUUGAGUGCACAUGCUCAGCGUCAUAUCCAGAGGUUGUCUUUGGGAAAUAGACAUACGAGUGCUGCCAGCAUUGCUACAGAGGUUGAAGAGGAGGGAAAAUCGGCCUGUCAGACCACACGCCACACACUGCAUCAAAUUGGU